GUCUGAUCCGUGUGGCCUCACGUGUGUGCCUUCCUUCGAGCAGCGACGAACAACAGCGCCAGACGAACGACGGUGCAGUAUACUACCAAACUCCCGACCGGUUUAUCGCCAGCAACAAAAACUCGAUGUUUUGAAAUGUUUUCUCGAAUCUUUCGGAUUCUUUUUCUCGCCAAUUCUCUUCUUUCCGAAUCUCGGAAAUUGUUUUUAUACGAGCGCACAAAACGCGAUGAGACAGCGCACGACCGAGGGACUUUAAAUCCGUUCUUUAAAUGCCGCGUUUUAAAUUCGCGGCUCCGAUAAAACAAUUGCUCCGACGAUUACGCGAUGUACUUUAAUAAAAUUAAAGUGCGCGCGUUAUAAAAAAUCUAAUAAGAAAUAUUAUGUUAUGCCGCAUGCUUUUAAUUCGCCAAUUUAAAUCGUACACAUUUUUGGAGAUAAAUAUAUUUCGAUAGACUUUAUUUUUUUUUUUUAUGUUUCAACGCGAAUAAAUAAUGGAGGCGGAUGCGGAGAGACGUGCGAAUCGUAAGAAUGUUGGACAUCUCGCACCCGUCGCGUUUCGGAGGCUUAUAAACCCGGCAUUAGCCUGCCGCUGCUCCACGAUCGACCACACGUGAGUACCGGCGAAGAAACGGCCGUCGGUCGGACGGGAGGGGAGCCCGUCGAGAGUCCCCCAGGAACUCGGCUCUCAGUCGCAGCUCGGCUGUCAGUGCGCGACGAUCGAGCCGCGUUUACCUGCCCCCGUUGCGCUUCGCGCACACACACGCGCAUACAUACACUUUCACACAUAUAUAUAUAUAUAUACAUACACCACACACAAAGUUGUACAUAUAUGUGUAAAAAUACAUGCAUAACGCACUCGCACGCAAAUCGGACGCACGUCGCGGUGCGUAGGACGUGCCCGGCACCUUCGUCCGGCUGAGACUGAUCACACGGACACGGGGGGGAGGGGGGGUGAAAAACUGUCAAAACUGUGGUCUUUGUACGUACGGUGUAAGGGUGCACGUGAGGGAGACAGAGCGAGCGAGCGAGAAAGAGAAAGAGACGAGGAGGUGGAACAAACCGGGGGUCCCAUGCGUCGGGCAAUGUAGACGGCGGCGGCGGCGGCGGCGGCGGCGCGCACACGCACACAUACACACACACACACACACACACACACACACAUACACACACACACGGACGCGACGACCGUGAGCCAACCAAACGCGCUACUACGCCCAGUCAGUCAGUCGGACGUCGGCACGGGCCCGACGACACCCCGACGACGAUACUCCAGCCGCUAGUUACGCGCGACGGAGUUCCCACGACGACGGGGUCCGUCUCGCGAGGAGCUGACACGGGGGCGGCGGGGUGCUGCUGCUGAUCCGCGAGCGGGGUGUCGACGGCAUCGGCGGCGACCGGGUUGCGCGACCCGGCCCUUCGAGCGAUUCGUGACAGUGAAGUGAAGCACGCGUGAGAGAGGUGGCCGCGAAGAAGAGAAAGAAGAAAAAGAAGAAGACACCGGGUCAGUGAGGUAGACGAGGAAAGAGACAGUGCGAGAAAGAGAGAAAGAGAAAGAGAGAGAGAGUCGAGAAGAAGGAAGAAAAGGGAGAAAGAGAGAGAAAGGGGGAUAAAGAGAAGGUAGGGGAGAAAGGAAAAGGGCUGCAGGACGGGUGGUCCUGACAGCGAGCGGUGACGAGAGAAGACCGACCGUCCUGAACGAGCGAGCAUUAAACGCCGGGGAGUAAUAGGGGUCCCGUACGUAAUUGGCACACUAGAACGAGCUUUUUGUCCGAAAAUAAAAGAAAAAAAAAAGAAAUAUGCGAUAGUAUAUAUAAUACGCUUGCCGCACGCGCUGGCCUUCUCUCGGGAGAGCUUUCCCUUGGCGUUGGAUAUAUCCUUUUGGUCCAACCCUUGGCUAAGGCUACCGCGGCGAUGAGUUAUAUCCUUCUACUUCGGCUCGCUCGUGACUGCAUGAGUCUAGUAGAGGAGUAUCGUCGUGGUUGUCACCACUGACCACCCUGGCAAAGUUCGUCCCCCCCCUCCCCCCCCUGUCAUCAUCAUCGUCAUCGUCAUCGUCAUCGUGAUCGUCGUUCACAACGAUAAGGACGAGGUACUUGGCGAGUACCUCGAGGUAAUCGCGAGCGGCGAUCUCAGCCGGUCUCCUCCUCGCGGCGCGAGUUUUGACGACACUUGGGGGCGGCAUCCAAAGGUUGUUCGAGACGACGGGCGGCAGCAGCAGUAGCAGCAGCAGCAGCAGCAGCAGCAGCAGCGGGUCACCGUCGUCGGCGAAAAUCAUCGCGAGGGUACCGCGUCAUGAGGGCCUAGCGUUCGACAUCGUGGGUCAUCGUGGGUCGUCAGCGUCGGGCGUGCGAGAAGGGACGGCGGCGCGCCGACGGAAGCCCGGAUAGUAGUAGGAGGAGGAGGAGGAGGAGGAGGAGGCACCCGGCAACAUGGCCGCCGCCUGCUACGAGAAGGAAGUGGUGGUAGGUGCCGCCAUUCACCACGGACAUGGGCAUCACCAUCACCAUCAUCAUCACCACCAUCAUCAUCACCAUCAUCACGGUAACGUCGGAGUCGUCGCGUCGUCCACCGUCGGCAGUGUGGCCGCCGGGCAAACAGUCCUCCCGGCGACGUCCACCGGCCUCGACGACGCUGCCGUCGUCGCCGCCGCCGCUUCCGCAACCUCCGGCAACCUUCCGCCGUCGUCGUCGGUGAACGUCGUCAACGCCGUCAACGCCGUCAACCCCGUCAACGCCGUCAACGCCGUCAACGCCGUCAACUCGGUGACGACGACGACGACGCCGAGUGCCGCGGCUACCGCGGCAGCGGCCGCAGCUGCCACCGCCGCGGCCGCCGCCGUGGCGAUCAACAGCUACAAGGUGCAAGAAUACAAGGACUACUCGCAGCCGCUCCACGUGGACUGCAGCGUCGAGUACGAGCUCCCGAGCCAGGCGAAGCCGCCGCCCGGCGGCGGCGAGCCCCUCCUAAUGAUCCAUCCGUGCUACUAUCGACGCGCCGAGCGCGAGAGGAGGAGCCCCUUUGUCAAUAAUUUGCCGCCCCCGGCGGCGCCGGCGACGACGCCUCUGUCCGCCUCCCGCAGGAACGGUCGCAGGAGCGCCGCGACAGCAUCCGCCGCCGUCGCCGUGGUGACAGCGGUCACGGUCGCGCCGACCUCGUCAACGACAACAACGGUCGUGCCGCCGGCAACGAACAACAUUGUCGUUUCCUCCAACGUCGUGUCCGCCUCCGUCGUGUCGCCGGCGACGUCCAACGCCUCGUCCUCGGUAGCUGCUGCAGAUUCCAGCAGCAAUCUCAUAUCCACGGGCGGCCAGAUGUCCGCGGUCACCAUAGCUGCCUCGUAUCGCGCCGCACUCAAUGUCGCGGCCACGUUGUCUCAGCAACAGCAACAGCAGCAAUCUCAACGACGACAUCACCAGCAGCAACAGCAGCAACCACCGACUCAUCAUCUUCAUCACCACCAUCAUAGGAAUCACACUCACGCUCAUCAUCAGCAACAACAGCAGCAACAGCAUCACACUCAGCAGCAACCACAACAACGACCUGUGACACCAACGGCAUCCGGUACCGCCGAUCUCAUCUCCGCCGACGAAAAGGCCGUCAUAUCAGGUAUUUAUCAACAUUACUUCCGCGCCAUGCGCGCCCACAAUCAUCAACACCGCCAGCAGCAACAGCAGCAGCAGCAGCAGCAGCAGCAACAUCGUACCACUACUACUCAUCAGAUUCAUCAUCAGCCUCACCAAAGCGACCGAAGUUCCUCCUCUUCGUCGUCGGUCACGUCUCCGACGUCCGCGUCGAUUUCCGGUAUUCUACGGCAAACUUAUCAGCAAGCGUACAGCAAUAUCGCGGCCACGAGCUCGAGCUCUGGUAGCCAUCAUCGCGUCGGCACGACAGUUUCGGCGAUCACCCAUCAUCCCUAUAGGCGACCGUCGGUGACGUUGUUGUCGCGAACGGCCUCGCAUAUCGGUCAGCAGGCCUCCUCUUCCUUGUCGUCCUCCUCAUCCUCAUCCAUCUUUGGUGCUUCCAACGGCGUCUCUGCCGCGGCCGGCGUCUCCAGCGUAUACGCGAGCACGAUACACAGGCAUCAUCAUCACGCGACCUCCCUGCACGCUCUUCAGGCCGCCGCUGGCUUCUACGAGACGCCGAGUUAUCAUGCCCUCCUGCCCCAAAGUUAGACAGCCGGAUGUCCGGGCGGUUUCGCGGCGUUGGAUGUCUACGCGUGAAUAACAAUGGCAACGACGAUCAACAGUCUAUUGCGAAUCAAAGCGAACGUGCGUCGAAUCUCGAUCGUUGACUCGCGAUCCGAUCUCGGAGUCUCUUGCUCUUGAAUCUGUGCCCUCUUUCUCCUCAUUCUUUGUUAGUGAUCCGACGAGAAAACCGAGAGAGAAAGAGAAAGAACGUUCUUGACGAGAGAGAGAGAGAGAGAGAGAGAGAGAGAGAGAGAGAGAGAGAGGGCCAAGUCGAGACGUGAUCCUCGCCGUGGACUGUCCGCGUGUCAGUUAAGAACUAAAAAGAUGCUAGGAAUUUUUGAAAGGCUUUUUCUUGAUGUCUUAAUACGCACGUUUACUUGUAAAGCGCAAUUCAUAAUAGCGGACGACAGAAACUUGUGGUCGUUCAGCGACGAUCAAAUUUCUAAAUUACGAGAUCCUCGUUGUCGAUUGUUGUUUACACCGAGCAUCCUCGACGUUCGGUCCACGUGUAGAUUGUGUACAGACUAUCAUUUUACGCGUAAUUUACGUAGACAAUGCAUAGUCGGUAUAGGCAACACUUAUUAUGGCUGUGCUCUGUCCUCCUUUCCUUGUCUUUUUUCCCCGGCAUUGUGUUUAAGGAAACCUAUACUUUAUAACACCGCGCGAUAAUUUAUAGUUGUCUCAUGCAAUACUAUUUUCCCCGUAUACACACUGGAGGAAGUUCGAUUGAUACGCCGUAAUCAACGUACGUUACUGUUUUAACUUUCGUUUACGGAUGUGUAUAAUUUAUAUAGUUCUAUAGUAAGAUAAAUGCGAAAAGAGAGAGAAAGAUUGGCGUAAACGCACGCACGAGGCAAUGUGCAGAGAAAGCGCGACGUGGUGUCUAUAUUCGCGAUUGCGAAUGCGAACAGCUUACGUUAUAGAACAGCGAAACGAGAAAAGAUCGGGUCUUUCCGAGCGAAAAUAAGCUGCGAUAAAAUGACCCCCCUCCUUUCUCGGUUAAAGGACGGAAUGCUAAAGACUUGGGCACACACAAGGAGUUUCUUUCGCGCUCAGCUGAUAAUCUGAAGUAAUUUCCCUCGGUCCCCCUUUCACAAGCCCGAGCGAUCCUAACGCAGACUUUGAUGUAGAUAAACAGAUACUGUCGAGAUAUAUACAUCGUUUAGCGGUCGUUUUUACAAGCGGCUCUUUCUUUCGGCAUUCGCCUGCCGAAGGCGUUACGCACGGUUCGGACAUUCUGCAUGCAGACACGUCCCUAACCGCUCGGCUCUUCCUCGCGAACGGAUUUGCGAGAAUGAAAAUUCGCAGGCGCAUUCGCGAUAACGACAACGACCUAAAUGGCGGACGCUUCCUUCGCCGGGGCGCGCGGCUAUAUCGGAUUAUGAUCCGGGCAGCGUCUCGAUGUGGAGCCACCUUAAUCCGGAGAGAGAAGAACAGAGAGAGAGAGAGAGAGAGAGAGAGAGAGAGAGAGAGAGAAGCCGCGUCCGCUCUCUCGCUCUGUUCCGCGCGACUUAUCAUCUCGAUCGUUAAAAGUGCAUGCGGGUGGGUCUAUAGCGCAUAGUCGGCAUAGGGUACAUCUGUCUCCCCGCGCGCACAUACGGGGUGUCCCGAAAGGACGGCGAAAAAGCCAUCUCGUAUCGCUCCGACAUUAACACCCACAUUUGCGCGAUAUCAGUUAAACACCGAGCGCUUAAAUCACCAUUUUUUUUUGCGUGUUAUAUUUGAUGACUCUUAUCUAGAAAGAAAAUGGCUCUUUAAUGCGGGGGGUGUUCCCGACGAGGUGGAUUCGUGUCGUCUCGUUUGCCUGCACGAUGUCGGUUAACGUCGAGCUCAAACGAGGAAGCGUUUAAUUAACUUAAGCAUUAAAGGAGACAUUAAUGGAGAGAGAUCUUAAACCUGCUUCACGUCUCGAUUCGAUAUAUCCCUUAUCGUUCGCGCCCUUGAUUUCUCUCUCGGAAAGAAUUUUACGUCGAACGCUAUUUUCCUCAAACGGUCAAUUUCAGGCACGGAAUCAGCCAAGUUUCAAGUUUAACUUCCCGUUAAAUCGGAAUCUGCCAAACUUCUUCCGAAUCUCUACUGGAGAUUAAAUUAAACGUGCUUCGUAAUGUGUAUUUGCCAAAGUCCGGCUUCACUGAAGUCAUUCCCAAACUCCAACAGCCCGAAAGGGAGAGAGCGAGAAAGAGGGGAAAAAAAAAGAGGCUGACUCGAGGGUGAGACUGUUUUUCUUCACCGCAUCGCCACUCUUCUCCUUCACUUCACUCCUCUCAGACGUACAUAUGCAACCGCGCGAUUCGAGAAAGUCCCGAGUUGUACGGGACACCCUGUAUAACCGCCGUCGCCGACACAACGAUCGUACGUGCCGUGUUCGUUGUUGACGGUGAGCGGGUGGCCGGACGGACGGGCACCGAAUAAACACACGUCGUGUGCACACACGCACGCACGCAUGCACGCACGCACACACACACAUACACACACACACCCAUGCACGUACUUACGUACACACACACACACACAUAUACGUACGUACAUACACAGCAGCGUGCACAAGUACCAGCGUGGGCAUGUUACACACACGUGACAGUCUGACGGAUGAGACGGACGGACAGGAGAGAGAAGAGGUGGGGGAGGGGACAGUUGAAAUGGUCGUCGUACACACCGUCAGGCGUUUCAUCCACCUGCAAUGAGCGCGACUUCAGGUAGAAAAAAGGAAUCCCCGUUUGCUUAGGGCCGCAUUAGCAUCCGCUACGUUUCUGGCCGGCGUUUUCGGGUCCCCGUCGCCGUCGAACGCGCCCGGCCCUUCUCGAGAACUCGUGAGAUGUUGUCCCCCGCCCUCCGCCCCUUUCCGCCCUUCUCGCGUUCGCUCCUCCAUUAUUCAGUAUCCUUUAGAAGGAUAGAGGACGUGGCUGGUAUUCUUGAAGGAUGGACAGUACGCUCGGUUUCGGGGCUCUCCGGUUUCACGGUUCCCGACACCGUGUGGCACACUGUGGAUUCGCGGUUCUAUCGGAUUCGAGGAGUCUACGAAUUCCUGGUCCUCGGUGCCGUCGGCGAGGAGAGCCCUUCGCGUACAUACACGGAUAAAUUUAUCCUACUCUCGAGACACUCGGGGAGGGAAAAAAUAUUACGGAACUCCUCUUGUCCUCAGAAAGCAACGAGAUACGCUAGAUCUUUGAUCCCACGGAUCCUCGGUUGCGCGUAUCCCCAAAGCCGCAGAUCUUUGUGUACCGUAGUUCCGCGAAGCCGCAGAUUUUCUCAAGUUCGUGUACGGGGUGGAAGAAGCGUCGAGUGUACCGACGUUCGACCGCAGAUAGUCGAGAGACAGACAGACCAACUGAAAGUGCGACAAAUCGAGAAAUGAACUCUUUGCACCUGUCUCUCCUCCGAGAGACGUAAGAGAAAUCUUCUCGUAAAUGACAAUGACUUUCUAUUUCAAUUUCACCCAAAUUUAGAAGGAACAAAUUAGUUAUGCGUAAGAUUAUUGCAUAAGAAACGCAAACCCAUCUUAAUGGAAUAAAAUUGCUUAACAUGUACAUCUCUUUAUAAUAAAUUCUACUAACAAAAUACCAGAGUUCUCUCUCGGAUUUAGUAUAAACUCAAACUCCGGUAUAUUUAUUAGUGGCUGAAUAUUUAGAAAAGUGAAAUUAUUUUUGGUCACAUUGAUAAAAUAUUUAAUUAGCAUUUGAUGGCGACUUUAAACUUUCGGUGUAGAUUCAAGAUUCAGAGAAGAAUGCUAAAGACAAUAAAAGUCACGUUGUAAUAAAGUAUCCGAUUUCGCAACUCAACUCUAGAACCGUCGUCCCGAUCGUUUACCUUUACUGGUAGAUUUAUUAGUGCUAUGAUUCAUCGUCGGGAUAAUGACUUUUCGCAGUUCGGCUCAUCAGUGACGGAUCUCAAGUCCAGGUAUACAAAAUAUCGGGUCGUUUAUUUAGGUCCCGCGGCACUUCUCCCUCGCCGGAAUUCUCUCUUUCUCUCUUUCCCCGAGAUCUCCUCUUUCGAAUUCCUCUCUCACCUCCAUUAUUCAGCGUUUCCAACCUAACGGCCGCGAUGCCACGACCAGACGCGACAUCGUCGUGAGAGUGAAAAUCGAUGACGCGAUCAACGCCGAAUGAUAAGCAUCGUACGUUGUACGUUUCGCCGUGCGACGUUCGCCGUGCGUGAUAGCGACCAGUCGUUUCCGGCCUACUGAAAUCCCGCCUUCCCCUAUAGAAAAUGUCAUUUUCUCGAUUUCUCGUCUUCCGCGAGACUUCCCGAUUUCACGCGAUGAUUCCAAACGUGAUUUACUAGGCAAUUUUGUCAAGAAUAUAUUACAUACAUCUUCAUUCGGAACACCAGACGCGUAAAAUGGAUGUUACCUGAUGAUGCGCGCCGUAAAUAUUUAUCGGUAGAAUCCUACUCGUGGAGAAUCGUAAAUUCAUAUGUAAGUUACAAAGUUAUAAAGCAGUUCAUCGGCAGAGAUACAAAUAGUCCGGGGCAUUUCGCAGCCCCUUGUUGGCGGCGCGCUAGGGUUAAUUAUCCGAGUUCUGGAAUUAUCCCUCUUCUCCCGCGGGAAAGAUAUAAUCCACGGCUUAACCCUCGGCAGGACCGACCGGGUAGUCUCCUGAUGUGUAACACGGCGGCGGGCUGAGGGUGAGAUCGUUUAUCGUAGGAAAUUCGGGAAUGCCGAGAAUCCGUUGCGAAAACGCAGUUUUACUCCGGAUUAGCCGUAGGACGAGUUUCGCCGUGAGAAUUAAAGUCGACCCCUUCCGUGAUUUUCCGCGGAAUAUCCGUUGGCGCCAAUCAUUACGCGAGAUUGAUAAUUGGCACUCGAUGGUCGUUCAGUUUCAUUCGGGUCAAGCUGGGGGAGGCGGGAGGAGGAAAAAGAAGUUACGGGAUUAUACGAGUCCCCCUUCGGAGAAGAGCGAGGGAGGAACAAAAUUGUCGCGGCGCAAUUAACGACGAGGAGCGACGACGACGACGACGUAAAAAGCGAUGUUUGCGCGAGAUCGAGAUACUCGUCCCGCGGCGCUUAAAGCAGCAAUUAAAAGCUCGUUACUCACGUCCGUCUAUUAAUUAUUCGAGAAGCCGGCCGGGCGUGUCGCGCGGAAGCGGAAGCUCCGAAAGAUCCGCACCGAACGUCAAACUCGUCGACGAAGCCAGCGGUCGGCGGAAAUGCUGGCGCAAUCGUUCAUUUCAACGUGUUCCAAAGAGCUGUCGGCGAGGUUUUGAUCACCGCAAAUUCAGCAGGCAUUUCGAGACGCUUAUUAAGGAAUCUAAAUCGAAACGUUAGGCUCGGCAAAACAUUAUCGAGUAAAAAAAAAAAGAAAACUAUUAAUCUUUGGAAAAUUGCUGGAAAAAUGAAUUCCCGCAAGUACAAUGUGAUCCUUCGAGAGAUCCCGUGACCGACUCACAUGGGGCACCGACAGCGGGCGGUCUGAGGACCGGGCUGCCAUUUCAUUGCGACCACGACGAUCUAUCUUUCAGCUUGGUAAAUGCAGAACGGAGCAGUUGACAUUUUUCAACUUACUCAUUUUUACUCUACAUUAUUUAUAAAGCGGCAGGAUUAGAUUUCCAGCGGGUCGCUAUUGUUUGCCUCUCGCUUAGCAGGUUUCCAACAGAUGAAGACUGUCGAAUGUUCUAAAACCUACUCGCGUACUCUAUAAGCGGCGACCGCUCGCUAAAAGACUUAGCACGUGACCGACAAUCAUCUUAACGGCGAGCGCCGAACUCCCCGCGCCGCGACUUUUUUUUUUACAUCGUUCGUCGAACAAAGAGACUCACUGAUCUACGAGAAUAACCUGGGAGAAAGGUCAACAGUGGGGUUUCACUCGACACGGUCUAGACGGUUUGAGUAUACAAGAAAUUAUGCCAUUAAUAUUUUUUUUAUCUUCGUGAACGAUUGGGGUUUUUGUCAGCGCGGUAUGAAUAAAAAUUUAGGUGUUUUUUUUUUUUUUAGUCCUUGCACAAAGGACGAUGCCGUCGAUUGUUUCAUUCAUUCACGCAGUGAUCCGCAAUAAAAGCAUACGAUAACGCUCGUAUGUGUGUUUGAAAAGGGGAAUAUUGUAGAGACGUGCGCGUUUUCCCGUUUCAAAGUAAAAGCAUGAAGCAGAGUCGGCGCUUACCUCUCGUAAAGCUGCGCGUCUUUCGUAUCGCGUCUGCUGCCACACAUUUUUGAGUCAUUCGCCCGUGAACGUUAUCGCUCGUCGAGAUAAGCAUCAAUCGCCCAGCCGCGCGGCGUAUACGUGAAAUUACAAUACACAAUCAGUAUCUUUUAUUCAAAUUUUUUUCCACGGCGCCUCUCCGGAAUCUUUCAUUUAUGCAGAGAACCGAACGCUACCAUUUCCACGAGCAUAAGCGAACAUAAUUUUUAUUCCCGCGUUCUGACUUGCUAGAUUUUAUUAAUUUUAUUAAUACAGCACGUACCAGAAUCGUCAUCGACGGCUUCCAGCUUGGGGGGGAAAAAAGGUUUCCGCGGAACACGUUUUAAUUACGAGCCGGGAAUUAACUCCGAAGCUCCUCCCCGCGCCCCCCUGCCUCCCCACGCAUCUGUCGCUAAACGCAUACGAUAUGAAUACGGGCCUUUGAAUUCGCGGAGGUCAGGUCUUGAGCUUCUGUUUCCUGCAGACCCCUCCCCCCCCCCGUCCGCCCCCAUCCAGUGACGUAACCACCGAGCGUGCAUCCUUUCACGCGCACCUACACACAUACGUGCGCACAUGUGCGCACGUACGCACCUUGACGUACACGCUCUCCCGAAGCGUGAGCGCAAUGCAAGCUCGUUAUGAGUAAAAACUCACCCGGUUGUAGGAAAUUAACGAACAUAAUACGGACCGACGUUGAUGAAUUUGCUAAAUUCUGGCGGUCGGUUCCCCUCUCCCGCUUCCCGCGGCGGUUCCGCCCCUUUCCGCAACCCGGUCCCCCUUUUUUUUUCGCGGCUCUGUCUCUCGCGGUCGCGGACGUACAGGAAAUGGAAACGGCGACCGCGCCGCGCCGCACUGCACCGCGUCAUAGUCAUCGCGGUCAUUCUAUAUAUCUCUCUCUGCUGCCCGCCCCUUUUUUCCCUCGCGCGCUUUCUCUCUCUCUCUCUCUCUUUGUCUCUUUGUCUGUCUUUCUCUCUCCCGUGCUCUCGGCGUGGCGCAUCUCUAGAAACCCGAACGACGUCCGAGCCGGCUCAGGUUUCGUCUUUUUUGUCCCGGGUCCGCCCUUUUCAAAGCGCGCUCAAGGAGAAACGGACGUGGAGACGGAGGAGGGGGGCGUAUUUCGUUCGUUACACGGUAACGAUCGAUCAACGUGACCGCACGACCGCACCGAGCGAACCGCGGCGAGAUAGAGAGAGAGAGAGAGAGAGAGAGAGAGAGAGGAGAGAACGUCGGGACCGAGGGGACGGACGGCCCAUCCUGGGGCAAAGGGACGCGGUCAAAGAUCGGUUACCGAGGCCCUUCCUCUCCGGUACUUCUCCUCCUCGUAACCGCGCUCGAAUUUUCCAGCUAUUUUGACGAAAUGUACCGUUAUCUCGUAUGCGUCCUCCCUCGAAAAUUGCCAACGCCGGUCUCUCGCGAAUAUCAUGUUGUACGCGAUAAGAUACUGUCGUGUACGAACGAGGGACUCGUAUUAAAACCCGAGGCUCAACGAAACGAUAAAUGAAAGAUUGCGCGCCGUGCGAAAAACAGUACAUAAUACAUCGUAUCGAUGUAACGCGACGUGUAAUAUUUGAAACUGACAUUAACAAAAUUCUCGCGCGGUUUAUUUUGCUUUAAAGUUGAAAAGUGCACACCUAAAUAUGUUUAAUUUUUCGGGAAGCUGCGAUUGUUCAGGUAUAAUGUGUCGGAGAGCCUUCACUUCACAAUAUAACAGUCCAUAAUGGUUCUCGGGAAAACCACGGCCACGGCUCCUUGGGCGAAAAGCGGGCUUAUUUAAUCGCCCCAAGCAUAUAUUUCAAAAAGUCAUUAGCACUCGCGCGCGUUUCGCAGAAAGGGCCGUCGGAUUUAACCGCGUCCGUAAUUUCCCUCGUGCCGGGGCCGGCCCUCGGCCCGUGAAAAAUGUGCGCCGAGCGGAUCCCGAAAGAGGAUCGACGGACAGGGCGCACGUUUUGGCGGACACAAAGGCAAGGGAAUUCGCGAUCGGCGCGCGGGAAUGGAGGGUAAAACCAAAGGGGAGAGAGACCGGAGGACCGCGAGGAAACCCUAGAAAAAAAUCGACGCCUCUCUCUCCGGCCGCGCGAUUCUUAUUGAUCGGACGCACGCGGCGUUUAGCUCCGGCUGUUAUUUCGAAAUGCUCGACGCAGGAAAAACGCCCCGAAACAUAGUACGGAAAAAAAAGAGAGAGAGAGAGAGAGAGAGAGUUAAAAGAAUCGAAAAAUAUGGAAAAAAAUUUUUUUGAAAGUAAAAUAGAGAGUUCCGAAACAUACAUAUGCGUUAUUGGAAAAUAUCCUGGCAGCAGUAACGAUGAUUUACAACGGAUUAGGAUUAGAUGUCUCCCCAAGUUUCCUUUGUCAACUGUGGCGCUUAGUGUCACUCAAAGACAGUUCAAAAGAGCACUCGAAAUGGCACUUUCCUUCCAACCUUAAUCUUCGCUGUCCUUCGGCUAUUGGAUAUGCUUGCCAAAGAAUUUUCGGAAGAAGAAAAAGCAAGCAAGGUUACUAUAGCGUCGAGGGCUAAAUUAUUGCCGAUAAAUCGAAACUUUUCCGUUCCGGUACCUCGUGGCUUUCUCUGUCGUUGAUUACAGGCGACAUUCGCAUUCCGCUGAUGUUGGCCAAUUUUUGCCGGUCGCCCGGAUCGGCGCCUUUACCUUCGCGCGCAUCGAAGCUGCACGGAAGAAAAAAUUUGCCUCGACGGCGGCGGAAUUUCCGGGGGAACGGGCUCGGGUUUUAUCUAUCGCACGAAUUAUUGACGGGAUGUUGAGGGGGCGGGGGGAGGGGAGAAGCAGAGGCGGCGGGAUAUAUACAGGGUGUCCGGCGGCCAUGGCCGCCCACAGAUGCACGCUCACAGGCGAGUUGUUUCACGUAAUUACAACGUAUAUACGUAUAAUGUAAUGGUUAAAACUAACGGAGCGUGAGGUAUAUUAUCGUCGUUAAUACUUCCGAAACGCACGCGGUGUCCUAAUGAUAUAAAUGUUAAUCGACAUUUAUUAACCGCUCGACUUUAAUCGCCAUCUUCGUUGAAGCAGCAUUGAUUCUCUCAUUAGAUGAGGAAUAUAACAAGAAUGAAGCUCGGAAAAGACGUAAAAUUUCGGCGGUCGUUGCAACACACUUUGGAGUUUCUACUCUUCUCUUUUUGCAAUACAAGAUUCCUCUCUUCCCGGGAGAUUCGUCUCUUUUCGCGGACAAUUCUUUCCGCCGCGCGGAAAAGUCCAUCAUUUUCCCAGUAUGUGGCUCGCGAUCGCCGUCACGAACAAUUUCCGCCACCGGUCGUUUCGACCACGCUAUUUUUUCGAUAUUGCCGAUAUUUGAGGAAGUCCACGAACGAUUUUUUUUUCUUUUACCCGGCCACAACCGACCGAUAGCCGCCGGAGUUAUUACGACCCUCGUCCCUUCGGGACACAGCUUGACAUCGCAUACAUGAUGUCCGAGAGAGAGAGAGAGAGAGAGAGAGAGAGAGUCAUCGCCUUUACCGCAAAAUAUUUUUUGUCGUUUGUCCGAUAAUCGCUGAAGAUUAUAUUACAGAAUAUCCCGCUUUUUUCCCCAUUUUAUCUAAAACGCGCGAGUUUCCCGAUUGAAUAGUUCUGUUAAAGAAAAAAAAAAAAAAAAAGAAAAAAAAUAGUUUAAGGACAUUAUCAAGAAUUUCAUAUCGGAAAGAUGAUUUGCAGUCCAUUGUGACUUUUUAUUUCGCUACUGCACUUUUAUAUGUUUUAACAUCGAAUAAUAAAUUCGAUUACUUGUGCGCGAGCAUACGUAAUUCCCAGGUCUUCUCUCCCUCCUCGUUCCCUCUUAGAGACUAUUACUCGUCACGGUUCGGGACACGACUACCGCUGGGGUUAAACUUCCACGUAGGCUGAUAGAUAUUUAUACACCGAUGCGGGAUACGCGCGCAGAGGAUGGGGGAAUUAUCGUGUCUCGUUGAAACCCUCGCCAGUCGUUGCUCGUCGUUAUUAUGUAAUGCCGGUCACGACAUUAGGUAAUUAAGAAGCGUCGCGAGCGCACGAAAACAUCGUCGUUGUUAUCGUCACCGUUGUGAUCUCUGGGAAGGCUUUUGCACGACGACGUCGACGGACUUCGCGGACGGAUUGGAGCGACAGGGUUGAAAAAUGGACGCGUUGUCCGUCCAUCGCGGCGCGACGACGACGUUCAGGAGAGCCGGUUUUGAAUGCCUCGGACGAGCGCGUAUACGUGUACACUGACCAGUCACUUGUACAUGCAGAAAUUGCGGUUUGAUAACAGAUACUCGUUAACGAUCUCGGCGCAGCCUUGGAGCGUUUAGAAGAAAAGAAGCUUUACAAAGCUCGAGAUUAGAUAGCUCGCCGCUCGCCUCUCGAGUUUCUAUGAGACUCGAAGCGCGUUAAACGUAAUAACGCGCGUCUAAUUCUCAGCCGUGCGAAGGUGACACGGUCUCUCGCGAGACGCGGUCGCAUUCAGCGCGAUAAAUCUGCGCCGGGAGGACACGGGCCUUAGUCAUUACCUGACACUUCGUUUUAAAACCCAGGCGGUGUGUAGACGCGGGGACCGGACUCGGCGGCUUCCCGUCGGGAAGGUGAGGCGAGGGCGAGGGAGGAAGAGGUGGAAGAAGAUGAAUUAGGCACGUUAGGCACCGCGGAUUGUGCGGUUUCGAAACUCGCUAACGCAAGUCGUGCCCGUGACUCUCUGGACCCCUCCGUUCCGCGAUACGCCGCCAUACUUUACGACACCAAGGCGGCUCUUUCUCUCUUCCGUUUCGCUUCUUUUCUCUUUCCCUUUCUUCCUCUCUGUCUCUGUCUCGCGAGCAGUAGCGCGAUGUUAGACGCGUGCACAUAAAAUCCGAUCGCUUCGAUGUAGCCACGAAAGGAAGAAAGAGGGAACCUUACGAACGGGGGAAGGGGGACGAGGGCGCGCCAUUGUUGUCGGAGGGGGGCCGUCUCGCCAUCGAAUGUCAGGAUGAGUCGAAGGGGGAGAGGGGGGAAGGGCCAAGCGCUCACAGGGCCCGAGAUAUAAUAGCCCCCGGAGUUUUCCGUGUUCCCCCGUCCCCUCUCUUCACGUGUCGGCGACCUGUAUCGAAAUUAUCUCUUCACAUAAGCCGCUGUUCUAAGCGAAAGGGCAGAGAGGAAUUAAAGGCAAAGUGGGCAGAGAUAAAAGAAGAAUGAUAAAAAAUAAUAAGCAUUUAGAAAAAAAUAGCAAGAGGAAGCGGAGUUUUCAGGUCUCGUCAACUUCAAGGACUUCCGAAAGAACUAAGAACCGUACAAGGUCCCCGAUUAAAUCUCACUGUGAAUACAGUCACACGAAGUGAAAACUGUUAUAUUUAUCGCCUUUUUGUCUGCUUUUAAGAAAGAGUUCAUUCCGGGGUGUAUUAUCUUCCUUCAUGCUUUUGCAAAAUUUAAAGUUGACUUCAAGGCAAUAAUCGUAAAUCAUUUUCAAAAAAGGAAGGAAAAACAAAGAAGAAUUGCCUGUAUAAAUUCUGUAUAAAUUUCGCGGCGAUCGAGAUAAAAGCAAAAUUAGUGUAAUUAAGUGCGACAUAUGCAUUAACUACGGCAAUAUUAAUGUUGAAUAAAAAAGAAAGAGAAAAUGUGAGAGAAAAAGAAUAACAAAAAUACGUCAAUAUUGCCGAGAGAGAGAGAGAGAGAGAGAGAGAGAGAGAGAGAGAGAGAGAGAGAGAGAGAGAGAGAGAGAGAGAGAGAGUCGGGAGAGUCAAAAAGAGACAGAAAAGCUGGGGCGCUGCCGAGUUCUAUAGUCUCCGAAGCAAAAUACUUCUUUUGUGUUCAAAGCGCAUACACAUACACAUAUACCUGUACCAAAAAAGCUGUGCCGUCUUAUUGUCGAACAAGUAGCGUUCCCUCUCCUCUUUUGGCACGCUGUAAAGCGAGAGAAAUGGGCUCCUUACGUAUUCGCGAACAUCCGUUCUCUCUCUCUCUCUCUCUUUUUCUUCUUCUUCUUCCUCCUAUCAAACACACACGCACGCAUCUUAUAUGCCGCAUUUUGCUUACACUGUCAUUCAAGGGUGCACACGUUCCCGACGCGUACGUGUUAACGCGUCCAACUUACGAGCAUAGAGGGUGUCCUAUUUUAAGGGCCAUCCCGCGAAUGUCGUCGAAAUUACGCUGUGUAGAUCGGAAAGGUAUUUCAGACGGCAGUUGGAGAGCGUCGGAAGGGGGAAUCGCCUACAUAAUGGCCUCUUUAUGAUGGAGAAAGAGAGAGGAAAGGAGGGAAAGGGCGUAAUCUUGGGUACUUGAAUCGCCGCCGCUGUCAUUUCUCUCUCUCUCUCUCUCUCUUUCUUUUUUCUUUUUUUAAUGAAAUACCCUACCAUACGUGACAGAACGGGACACCCUGUAUACGCGCACACACCUCCACAACGGCGGCACGCACGGGCUCUUUGUCCGAACGGCAUCCCGAGAUCGUUACACGCCGCGCGCGAUACCGCCGUAGUUCUCUUUUAUCGCCGGUAUUACUUCUCUCUCGCAUUUAGAUAUUGUAUACUGGUACGGCCCGUAUAUCCGUUCGUUCGCUUCUACAAGCCCUGGCCGCGCAUUUAUUAUUAUUACCCCGAACGGCCGACCCGCCACACAGAAAGGGAGAAGGAGAGAGAGAGAGAGCGAGAGAGGGAGAGGAAAAGGAAGGAAGAUAUCGCGGGACGUUAAACGGCUCCCCUCGCGCCGCGUAUCCACCAUCCGCGAGGAAUUCACGCUCGUGAGAGCUCUAUUUCCCAUGGAGGGAUCGGAAGCCCACUUCCCGCUGCUCGCACGGGGGAUGUGUGCGUACGAUUUCGCAUACGCGCGCGUUACGCGGGAUUUCUUUCCGCUCGCGCGUUCCCUUCACGCCGAUACACGCCGAAGUGCGCUUGUAAUCCGCGAUGCAUUCGUGCGGGCGGGAGGUGCGACGCUCGCGUUAAAAUAUAUCACGGAGAGGAAAGUUACUCGCGACGCCAACUGAAACUGAAGAGAGAAAAAAACAAAAUCCCACCUAUAGAGUCUGCACUCAGAGUCUCCCUUCUAGGCUGAAAGGUAAAUACAGCGUCACGUAAUCGGGACACCCCGUAGACACGGGCUACGCGAAAGCUUACGACUUGCCGGCCGUACUUGGGCGUUAACCGCCGAUGUCGGUGGAACCGGCCCGGCCCCAACGUAGGAAAAACCAACGCGUUUCCCUCCGCCCUGGUGCCCCCCCAGCUUGUGAAAAUAAUCCAUGUGCCGACGUGUUCGCCUCAUUAUGCUCGCGCCAGAUAAAAACCGAGGGUCUCUCUCGCACGGAGCGAUUGAACUUUACCACGCUGCUCUGUGACGGAUAUACCGAGAGAUAAUGAGCGACCGCACGCAUAGUAUGAAAUCAAAAUAGGACAGCGAUUCCAGUAAUUUAAUUGAAAGAGUCGAAUCUUUUUGCAGAACUAUCGACCUCUUUGUAGGAGCCUCUCAUAGAAGAGGUCAUCUUGCUCGCUUUGUAGAAUAAAUGUUGAUUCCUCUUAUUUAACAGAUAAAAAAGUUUUUCCACACAUUUUAUCGCAACGUUGACUUCUAAGUUCUCGCGGAAUCCAAAGCAUUUCCGUCAACAUCUCGAAACGCCCGAUCGAUCGUCGUCGCUCUUCUAUCGCCGUGCACUUCUCGUGCAGCUCGAUGCAGUUCUUUAAAAGGCAUAGACGAGAAGAGAGCCUGGACGAGAAAAACAAAAAAGGAGCGCGAAUAAACCGGGAGGAUAUAUAUUCCCGAGUGCCUUGUGUUCCCCGCUGAGAACGCGAAAUUCUCUCUCUCGUUUCGCAUCAGUCGUACGAAAUUUUCCGAAACCGUCGUGCUUCCUACCGGACGACCAUCUCACUGGCCCCCAUCUCGUCCCCAUUUCUUCCACUUCACGACUUGAUCCUUUCAUUCUCCCUACGUACCCUUCAUCCGUCAGCAGCCUGCUCGCUGUGAACAUGGCCGAGCGAUAGUUGCGCGCCGCGCGCACAUGCAAACUCGACACACAUACACACACGCACACACACACACAUACACACACAGACACAUAACAUUUUAUAGUUCACUACUGUUAACUCGGCCUUAAAAAGAAGUGACGUAAACUGCCUCAAAUUAUUAACAUAUAUGUAUAUGUAUAGUGUGUACAUACGGAGUGGCCCGGAAGGGGAGGGCGAGUCGGGUCAAAGGGGGUGACGUUUUUCAAGCGCGACUCGCUGGAUUUUAUAAUAAAACAACUCAGCGUGAUCGAAAUCUCUCGCACGCGGAGAAAUCGCGCCGACAAACUGUCGUCGAAUGUAUACGAGACGUUGCAACGUUCUUUCGGGGAGAAAGGACCGAUCUCUCCCUCGCGCUCGAGAAUCGCGGUUCUCGCUGCGCCGUGAACUCGCCGUCCCCGGUCCGGGUCAUUCCGUACAUGUAUGAGCUAGCGCCCUUACUACUGACUGAGCGAGAAAGCCUAUAUCGUGUAAUGUACGUUAAAAAUACUUGCAAAAAUACUAAGCGAGAAUGUGCGAGAGAAAGAGAGAGAAAGUGCGAAUGUCCGCGUGUCCGCGUUGGUAGAGACGAGGACACGCUGCUUCUUUUGCGAGAAGAAUAGUCGACCGUUCGGCGAGGUCGUCGGGACACCGUGACGACCGCCCACGAAUCAGCGUCGAGAUUCGUUAAUGUCGAAAGUGAGGUACACGUUUGAAAAAAAGAGUCCCACUACUACUAAUGACGAGUGCCGAGGUGCAGAUUUUCAGACAGAGAGGAUGAAGGCGUGAUGUAAAAAAUGAAGUGAUAAUUGCAUGACGCGAUUAUUUCCGGGAAACGAAUGCCGCUCCAGCCUUCUACAUGCAUAGUAAACAUACCUAUAAUCCUAUAAUUAAUCAGGACUAAAAUUAAAAAAUGGUAGAAGUCUAAUUAAUUAAUUAAUUAAUUAAUUAAUUAAUUGGUCAUCUGGUGAUUUUAUCAUCAGAGACAUUUCAGACUUCAAACGCCAGGCUGGAAGGUAUUCGACCCUUGGAACAAUUUCCCUUCAAUUUCUACGAAAAAGCGCUAUUAUUAUCCAGAUAACUGAACCAACUCUCCACGGACGGAUCCAGCCCUUUCGGGGUCUGAGAGGCUUAAACUUGCAACGACUAAAGUAGUUAAAUUACUUCGCAGAGCUUAUCUUUUAUUUAGUAACAUCUCCAUGAACCUGGGGAGGUUUCUAUCUUCUUACUGGAUCCGUCCGUCGUGCGAUACGUCGCCACCUCGAUCGAUUCGGUUCCCCGCUUCCCCGCGAAACGCGGUUCGACUUCGCCGAACGGAAGUGCGUAUCUUGACGACGUAGCGCCGUAGUGCCGUGUAUUCUUAACGAGGGAGGAAAUUAGAAACGGGCGGAGCGCGAGAAGAGAGGAACCGAUCGCGCGAGCGCGUACAGAUCGAACAGGGACAAGAGUAUCGAUUCAACCGGCCGCUGGUGGACGCGAUAACUCCUCGCUUAUCGUUCGCCGGAAUCCGAAGAGAACCAGAAGACACGCUCGGUCUGUUUGACCAGAUAAGCUCGUUCGCAGAGCGAGAGAUAGAGAAAGAAAGAGAGCAUGCAAUGUGUGUGAUGAGAGAUUCUUUUUCUCUCUCUCUCUCUCUUUCUCUCUUUCUUUUCCCUUUCUCUCGCUCUGUAUGCAGUUUCCCGUGAGAACACAGACAGGAUGGAGAACACAGAGAGUCACUGUUGCGGGUUCCGGGAUUCCCGCGCGGUUUUGAAGUCUGGAUCGCGCGACGCUUUUUCGAGGGCCUUGCCCCCCGCGGAAAAAAGCCGCAUGCGUGUCCGUGCACACACGUGUGUGUGUGUGUGCGUGCGUGCGUGCGUGCGUGUCACGCGCGAUUAUGCUGGCAGACGUAUAACUUUAUAUCUUUUUGUCAGCGAGGCGGUGCCACGAAGUUCCGUCGUUCGCGACACGCGAAAUUUAUGCGUCCAGAUCGCGCGCUGUGGGACAUCACACCAGUCCUCCUCCAUUCCGGGGAUUGAACGUUGUCUACAGGUAUCUCUUUUUUUUUUAGCUUUGUUCUGUGGAUUUAUUCUAUUGCGUUUGUUUUAUCCUUUUGUUUGCGAUGUACAUUAUACAGAAUACAUAUCCAAAAAAAUCUCGCGAAGAUAAGUCAAUAUAUCAAACUCGUGAAAAAAAGAAACAAGAACGACAAGUUCUGGUUUUUUUUUUCGGUUGAUUUAAUUCGCUUCUCAAAAGUCUUAGUGAAAAUACGAUUUGACGUGUAAGAUGGUUGAAAUGAGUGAAAUAGAGGUUUCAUACUUAUGAUAAGUCUUCGACAAAAAGUGUUGCUGAGAGGACCCUAAACUUUUUAUAUAGAAUUAAAGAAUUUAAACACAAAAGAAAUAGCGCGCCAUUGUGAUCACCUUGUGCUGAAAAUUUCGUUUCUAAACCGGUCGCACGUCCUUUUAUUAGGACGAAUAUAUCUGCCAGCCGCUUCACGCGUGACAUGGAAAAAUUCGAUCGAGCGUGACGCGGGGUUGAGAGAGGGAGGAGAGAAAAAAAUGCGCGCCAGUUGCCGGUGAAAAAGUGCCGCGUAAUCCGAACUUAAACGAGGAGGAAUGCACCAGUGGAAAUUGUUGAUCUACGGGAGAGCCCGAGAAAAAUGAAACCUCCACCUACAUCCCGUCUAUUUCUAUUGCAUAAAUGUAAACGAUAUUUUUAAAGUCUCUCCCAUUUUACGCGGCGAUCAUCAUUGUAGAGCGAGGAGAGCGAUCUCGUUCCGUUCUCGCGGAGAUUUUAUUUCUCCGGGCUCCACCGUUCAAAUCGCACGAGAGGACGACGACGACGACGACAGUCACGAGAGAAUCGCGCGGCAGGAUUCGUCCUGGUUUUCGCGCUACGACGAAAAAUAAUAGUCGAAGGGUCGCAGCCCGCUAGCUCACAAUAGCGUAUGCCGCUUUUCAUUCGUUCAUUCAUUCGUUCGUUCGCUUGCGAGAAGAAAGAGAGCGAAAAUUCACGAGCCUGAAUCAGUCCGGUUUCACAAUCGUCCGGACGCCACAGGGGAAAGAUGCGUCCCGGAAAGACGUGUGAAUAUAUCGGUUGUACCACACAACGUUUUUCGGAGGAUAAAAUAUAAUCCCCGGGCUCGGGAGCCUUCAUGAUUUAGGAGAGUUCAAUUUUCUACGCCUAUAUAUAUUUUCUAAUCACAUCGCAGACGUACACAAGUGCGAAGAAGAUCCUACGGAGUGUCCUGCGUGACACGUGAGAUUCACGUAACGUAGCUGUGCCGAUUUCUCGAUGGUGUUCGAUAAUGCCGGUUCUUGCGGAUCGGCCGGCGGAUGUGCAGAUCAAGACUCGCUUACACACUUCCGGCAUUAAUGUAUUAAUCGACCUCGUUUGUCGAUUAUUGUAUUCGAACAAUAAUCUCACAUCCCUCGCGACCCGGAAGUCUGUAAGCGAAUCUUGACGAGGUACAUUCGUUCGCAAGCGCACGUUGUAAACGAGAGCGUCGGAAAUUAUGCGACAUAAUUAACAACAUAUUAAACCUGGAGUGUGCAACACACGCCUCCUUUCAUCGAUACAAUAGACUUCCAGGCGAAUAUCUUAUUUGUGAUAAAAUCUCCUGCGCUUAUGCUGUAGAAUGUGAACAAUGUUCGUCACCGAAGUGACGCGGUAUUAAAAAUUGUCCAUAAGACCGUGUCAACCCUGCGGGUACACCAAAGGGUUCCAAAGCACCAACUGAUGUGUUAUGCGUGCGUAUGUAUGGACGAAUUCUGAGGGAUCGUCAUCCUCGAGAGCCGUAUUGUGCACCGGGUGUAUUACUUGAUAGAGCGAGCGAGCGAGAGAGAGAGAGAGAGAGAGAGAGAGAGAGAGAGAGAGAGAGAGAGAGAGAGAAAGUGAGAACGCGACCGGUAGUCGUACACAACCAACGACUAUCCGUACUAGUAUCCGUCUGUAUUAUACGGACUCGAAGAAUAUACGACAAUAAGGAUCGUAGCCAUUGGAGCGCGGUCCAUAUCGUACUCCACAAGGAAGAGAGUUAAUCGACGAACGAACGAACGAACGAACGAACGAACGAACGAACGAACGGAGGAACGAACGGUCGGACGAGAGGAACUCCCACGGCUUUUAUGGCUCCGCUCGUAAAGAUAUACCUAAGGCUUUUUCCGUGGAACCCGGGCCCCACCAACCCUCCGGUUUGCCUUUCCCUCCCUCUCCGCGGACACGCCCGGUCCAGGAACCCGGGGGAUAGAGGGCCACGACUUAAGCGCUUGGGUAACGACGGAAUUCUGUCCACGAUAGGGCUCGCCACCUCACGGAGGGCGAGAGACGGAUAGAGAGGGGAAAGAGAGAGAGAGAGAGAGAGAGUAAAUCCGAAGAUGUAAAGAAUGCGAUUCGAGAAUUGAAAAAUAGCGAGUGUCUGUACGCGAAAGGUUGCGAAGAGAGCUUUUGAAAUAUCUUAGCAGGCAAUAUCGUGAGAUUUCCGAAAUCGAGAGAAAGGCAGAAGAAUUUAUCAGACGUUCUUUGAUUUCUUCAUUCAUAGAGAGGAAGGGGAAAAAAAUACCUAUCCGAUCCCGAUCCUAGAUUCAGGCGAGUGGAAAUCCACUGAAAGAGGGUCCAUUUCGAUCCCGCAAUCACGUCCUACGUGUUCCUUUCUUGUGCCCGCUCCUCCUUCUCUCUCCCGUGUACAUCGCAGACUUCCACGGACGGAUUUCGCUGGCUCGCUCGCUCAAUGGAACGAUCAAUUGCUAGGGCCGGGAAGAAUUAUUAGGGUCGUCCGACUUCUUCCAGGCCCAAGUGUGCGCGCGUGUGUAUGUGUGUUACACGCGCGCUUUCGAACACACGUGUGUUUUCGCGAUCGCUACGGGAGUUCGUCAGCGCGCCAUUGCAAAGUCGGCGUGCAAACAAGCUUUUCUGAUACGCGGCAUGUUAGGGUAUCGAUAACAGCCUGUCGGGUUUCACAAUCUCCGUGUUUGCGGUUUUAAUGCGCGUCAUUGCUUGCUUGUUUCGCAAGGAAUAUUAUUCAAAUAUAAUUUUUCGGCUUCGUGACAUACACGUAUUACCGUGUUAGUGACAAUAUAGCAACAUAUAUUGUUCUCUUUGGCAAAAGUCGAAACUCCGCUUUCUGUUUGCGCCAAUGAAACAACACGGCUUGACGAAACUGUCGCUGCACAAGCAGUUUCUUUUCCGUCGUGCACGCGCGCGAAAAUAAAAAUUGCGCAAGAUGGAUGUCGCGCGCGCGUUACGCAAGGCUUCGCGUCGAAAUCGUAUUAAAGUUUAGCCAAUUGUUUCGCGACGUGCGUGAUUACGCAAGCGGGAGGGACGCUCCGAAUUGCAUUAACUGGCGGGGCGGCGCGUUUUUGCGCGGACGUGCACACACAACGUGACGUUCUCGAAAGGAGCUGUAUCGACGGCAAUGAUUACGACGUCACCGACGAUACCGACGUUCGUUCGAUCGUGGGUAGGCGAGCCCACCCUCUUUCCGCUUUCGGCUUUCAAUUCGCAGAAAUCGCAACGGCGGAACUUCCUAACGUAAUUUCUGCUAGUCCCACCCUGCGUCAACGAGGAGCCGCCGCCGCCUCCGCCGCCGAUGCUCCUUCUGGAUGCGGAUGCUAGCGAUUCCGUACGAUGGACCACGCCCCCGCAUCUCAUAUCGGCGACGAUGCAACGAGGUGACGACGGCGACGAUCGAUCUGGCAAAAAUCGCGGGAGAAAGAGCGAGAUAGAGAGAGAGAGGAAGAGAGAGAGAGAGAGAGAGAGAGGAAGGGGUGGACAGAGAAAGAGAGAAGCCUCACCGAGCGCGCACCAAAUACGCCCCUGUGAGCGAAUUGAGGCCUGCCUGCGACCAAUCGAUACCGUCUACCGUUUGACAACCUCGACAUUUCUCCGUGCACUCGUUCCUCUCUGAUCAUGCCUCUUUCUCCAAUCUUCAUCCGUCCCUCUGCCUCUCUUCCUCCACGAUAAAAUGCAUUUCUCUCUCUCUCUCUCUCUCUCUCUGUCUCUCUUUCUCGCUUCCUCUCUUUCUUUCUCUCUCUCUCUCUCUUUCUGUUCAUCUUUCUCUUGAUCUCUCUCGCUCCAUACGGCCUCUAUUCUAACGUACGCACAUCGAGAGUUCUUUGUUUUCGACGCUAUGGUCCGUCGACGCGAUGAAAUUCCACCUUCAUUCCCUUCGUUCGGCUUCGCCGGCAUCCCGGGCUCGAGUGCCCGACGAUCGAUGCGUUUCUUCGACGCGAAGGGCAUAGGAUCGACCCGCGGCUCAAUCGCCAAUUUGCUUUGUCGGACAAGAGAGAAGGGGAGGGGGGAAGAGAGAAGGAGUUUCGAGCGGUCGCGCGAUGCAGUAAGAAGUAAAGACCAUUGACGAGGAGUAAUUACAUUCUAAUUGUUAUAGGGGUCAUUGGUCUCGCGAUUUAAAUUAACAUUUCCGGAACAAAUCGUCUCCUCGAUGUUCAAAAGCGGAGUUCGUCCGUAUUCCGCUCGGGAAUAAAGGGAAAAGUCCGCGCGCGCGCCCGCGCUCUCGCGGAUGCGAUCGAUGCGACGCGUUAGCUUUUUAACUGUAACGAAGGGCGCAUUCGAAGUGAAAGGAAAAGUUGGCGCGAUCGAUGGCGUCUGCGGUGUUACUAAUUAGCACGAAGGGCGCUCUCUCGGAACGAAAGGAAAAGUCAGCGCGCGAUCGAUGCGUCCUUGAUUUUCUCGACUGAAAUAAAGAACGCUCUCACAAGAGAAGAAAGAGAGAGAGAGAGAGAAGGAGCUCGAUCGAUUUUGCCCCGAUCUUCCAAUUUAGGUCCGCGAAAGAGGGAGUCGAUGCGACGUCGCGAUUAAAAAAGCUUCUUAAAAUAAGAGAGAAACUCGCCCGUGCGAUAAAACCGUGCUCGGAUCUUCGAUUCGGUACGACGAACAUUCGGAGAAUGGAAAGAGAAAUCGAUAUCCUUAAUUUUCUGGAUUAGUGCAAAGACCAUCCCUCGUGCGCGCGCGCGAAAGAGGGAGAGAGAGAGAGAGAGAGAGAGACUUUUGAUUUCUCAGAUAACCGUGUCUCUUCGAUUUUCCGAUUGGAAGACUCGGCGCGACCUGUUCUUGUUCUCGAGCUCGUUGUCCGAAUUGGAGGGAAGGGUGCACUCUCGGGGGACAAUUUCGCGAGUCGUGUGUAAUUCCUGAAAUGGCGGAAGCGUGCUUAGAGGGGAAACUUUACGCGAUCGUCCACCUUUCCGACCUCGUUUCGCGAGCGAAGACGGGACAAAGUCCCGCUCUCUCUAUCUCUCCUUCUCUCUUCUUGCCGUCGCGUUAUAGUGGACUUUGUAUGCCCGACGUGUCUCGUGUCAAAGGUUCCGUCUGCGACACCUUCAUUCCCUUCUCCCCGCAUCUCUCCUCUCUCUCUCUCUCUCUAUCUAUCUCUAUUUCUUCCUCUUUAACGCCCUCUUUUCCGCCCAUCGUUUAAAACGAUGUCACACUCUCCUUUUUCUCCUUACGUGUUCCUUCUUAUUCCACUCUCCUCAUUUCUUUGCAUCUCUUUCUCCCUUUUUCUCUUCUCAUUUCUGACUCGCUCCUAAGCUUCUGUCUAUUCACAUCUUAAGUCCACAUCUUGAAGCCUUCAGAAGGCGAGGUACUGGAGUGCGUUCCUUAAAUUCAUCUUUUUUGAAACCCCAUCUCUCUUUUGUUUAUUUAUUUCUCUUUUCUGCCUUCUUAUAUCUUUGGAAUAUCGUUCCUGGUUGUACUUAAUACUUCUUUCCAUUUCACUUGGCUUUCUCAGUGGUAUGUAUUCGUGUUUUAAAUCUGGAAUUUUCAUAAAAGAGUUAAAGUUUGCUUUCUAAAUGCGCACCUACAUUUUUCUGCUUUUUCAUUCUUUCGUUCUUUCCCUUCUUCCUCUCUAUCGGAUUUUCUUGUUGUACAUAGUUUCAGCUGUUUUAUUACUCUUUUUACUUUUAUUAGUUUCGUUUCUACCGUUUUUCCGGCGGUUGCGCUAGUGGGCGCGAUUUACCUGUUGAAUAUCUUGUUUGUCUUGUUCCGGAGGGGAGGGGACUUGUCCCAGAUCAAUAAAUUGAUAUCUCCCCUUUCUUUCGUUUCUCUUUGUUCUCUACAUAUACUCUACUCUCUUUGAUCUAAACCACACUUUUAUCUCUUCCUCCUCGCUUCCUCUCUCGCUCUUUCUGUGUAUGGUCGUGCCCUCUUUCUGAGUUUUGGAGGACCGUGGGAGUCCGCGGUGGGAAACGCGAGGCUACAUAGCCAAACUACCUACUACGCUAUAACGUUAUUACGAAUAGACAGCAGUGAGAAAACAUAAGAAAACGUCGUGAACAAAAAAAAAAAAGAUAUCAGAAAAAACGCGAUAGAAACAAAGAAGUAAACGAGAAAAGGAAUUAUACCUACCUACGCAUUUAAGGUAAUGUACAAGUCUCUAGUGUGAUACAUUUCUACGCUUAUUCUCUAACUUAGUAGUCGAAAAGUCUAAAGUACGGAUACCUCGUUGUGCGAUUUAGUGGCGAAGAAAAACAAAGAAGGGGAGAAAAGGAAAAGAAACUAGGCGCAAAAAGGAAGGGGGAAAAACGCGAAGAGGGUGAACGCGGAGGUCGGGCGAAAAAUAAAAGUAAAACGGGAGAAAAAGAGACAUCCACGUAGCGCUGUAACCAAAAGUAAUAGAGUAACGCGAGCGGGACAGAAAAGAGGGAGGAAAAUGGGAGGAGACGGAAAUGCGAAGGAAGAAAUAUGGAAAGGGAGGGAAAGAGAGGAAGAAACGGUCGAAACACGCUCAUAUAUGCCAACCGUAUACGCGUGCGAUUAUACGGGACGUGUUACCGCCUUUUUGCGUAACGCAUGCCACACUUUAGAUGAGAUCACGCUUCUCCUUCGCUUCUCCGAGGCUUAUCUUCUGGAGAAAAACUGAAACGAAAUUUACCUUCGCAGUUGGCGAAACGGGUGGUUGACGGCGAGAUGAGUCCCACCGUAUUAGAGUUACGAUCGACGAGUCGGCGAUCAUUCGUGUAUCGAUGCGCGCAAAUAUACAAGGUGUCUUUGAUUCGCGGGAUGAUAACAACCGCGAUCUCAACGGAAAUAAAUUUCGAAGAGACGCGCUGUUUCCUUAAAGGUUGAAGAGAUAAUUAAAAUAUUUUUGAGAUAUCUCGAUCAUUUUAAAUUUCUAUUUUACUUAAUUUCUCGAGUCACCUACGUGUAUAUGCGCGCACAAUACAUAUAUAUAAAGCGAAAGUGAUCCCUUAGAAUGUUGAAGGAUCAAUUGGUCUUAUCGGUCCAGCGAGGAAGGAGUGUGAACUCGGAUGUCGGCGGACGUCGCAAAUGAGAGUCGGACCGGGAAUUCGCGAUUAUACGAGAGAACGCCAAAAAAGAAACUAUAUUCGAGACUUAAACUGUAAAGACUAUAAAGGAGGAGGGAGAAAAAGGAAGGGACACGAAUCAAGAUUUGACGAGUGUGAGACGCCGUAUGGAUCAUACUAUUUCGGCGCGACGCGUAUAAGUCGCGUGUGUUGCUUGCGUGUGUUUGCACGCGUGUGGGAGGGAUGAUGAUGAUGAAGUGCAUGUGUGCAAAUUGUGUGCGAGUCGACGGGACGAUGAGAGUGUGUUCGACAUGUAAUGUUCGACAUAUGAUGUACAUAACUCUGUAUAUACGAACGAAUCACUGACUGUACAAUAUCACCCAAAUAUAUUUAUAUUUCAUGUUAAAAA